UCAGCACUAGAAAUAUGUUAAAAAUGACAUGAAAUCUUUUAUUUACAGCAAAUAAAGACUAAGACCCCUUUUGUCCUUCUAAAAGUUUCGUCUAUUUUUUGUUUUGUUGCUUACAUCAACAGGCGGUUGUUAUGUCAUAAAUGCAACUAAGAGUGAAGCCUCUUACGCGUGCGGAAAAGGUGGUACAGGUCGAUGAUGGGGCCUACGUGUCAGACUUACUGGCUGCAGUUAAAUGUGCCUUUGAUAUCGAUCCUGAGUACCAACGUUUGGUGUAUAAAGGAUGCCCUCUCUUAGAUAAAAAUAAGCUUCUUCUUAACUACGAAAUUAAGGACGGUGAUAGGCUUACAUUAUUGACGAAGAACACAAUACAGCGAAGUGAUUUCGAGUCCUUACUUCGGAAAUAUAUAGCCGAAAAGCUUCCUGAUUCAAAUGCAGAUGAAGUGGUGUCGAAAUUUUUCCAGAUAUUAUCUACCAAGCUGAAUUCUAUGAGUCUCUUCGACAUUGAACAUCUCGCAGGUCUAUGGUCCAGCUCUUCAUGAAAUGGUCUCAGGAAUGCUAAUGCACUACUACUGAUCUUGGAUUCCUUUGUUGUUUUUUCCUUCGUCUUCUUCCAUCCAUCCAUCCAAGCGUUGACGCAUUGUACAUUAACACUGUGUACAUCACAUCCAGUUUACAUGUGACAAUGCGAUGUCUGUAUAAAUCUUGUGAUUUUCGUAUAUAUUUUGUGUUUCUUCCCACAUAGAAUGCUGAAAGUUAUCAAUAUAUAUAUUACUGUAUCCAAUUAGUAAUUAGUCUUUCUUAAUUUCUUCUUCUUGUAUUCUUGUAUUAUUUUGUGUGACUUGGAAAGCGAGUAUGUGUGUUUUGUGUUUAUAUAUAUAUAUAUAUAUAUAU